GCCUGCUGAUAAGUGAUAAGCGAGAAACUGGAGAAGAAAAUUACAGACACUUCACCGUAUAUAUAAUUACAUACAUUAUACCUCAUUAAAUUUUUUCUAAUUAUUAUUUACUUUGAUUACAAUGUUAUUUUUAUGAAUUUGUUGUUAAGUUUAACUGAUGGCCGUAUUGUUGUCUUCCUUGUAUGCGCUAUGUAUGUACGCGUAGCGGUUUGCAAACACAGCCUGUCCCAUCUUGGAGGUCUUCCCCUAUGUUUGUCUGCUGGAUUUGUGAAUUCAACUCGGUUGUAGGGUGAUGGUCUUAAGUCAUGGGUGCCCAGCAGACGAAAGACCGUGCUCUGUCUUCAGGCUCAUUGACUGUACGAAGUACUCGAUCAAAACCACGGUUUGUCACAGCUAAAGAAGGCAAAAACCAAGGACUAAAUAUCUUCACUGAACACAGUGAAGCACUGUUGCAAAGUCGACCUCUACCUCAUAUACCUGACCUACCCGACGGUGAUCCCCCAGGGUCUAUUCCUUCUGGCGGGGGAAGCUCCGGGGGCUCAGGCGGUGGAGCAACAUCCAGUAACUUAGAGUCCUCAAUCAGAUGGACGUCUAAAGAAAACUUACUACAAUCACAAGAAGAUGACGAUCCACAAUUGUUUGUGGCUUUAUAUGAUUUUCAAGCAGGUGGUGAUAAUCAACUUAGCUUAAAAAAAGGUGAACAAGUUCGAAUUUUAUCUUACAACAAAAGUGGAGAAUGGUGUGAAGCGCACGCUUCACCUGGUCAUGUUGGCUGGGUACCAUCCAAUUAUGUUACUCCUGUCAACUCCUUGGAAAAACAUUCGUGGUAUCACGGGCCAAUUUCACGAAACGCCGCUGAAUACUUGUUGAGUUCAGGUAUUAAUGGUAGUUUUUUAGUACGAGAAAGUGAAAGUUCCCCAGGCCAGCGAUCUAUCUCAUUGCGAUACGAAGGGCGAGUUUACCAUUAUCGCAUAAAUGAAGACACUUCUGAUGGAAAGGUUUAUGUAACUACUGAAAGCCGUUUUAAUACCCUUGCUGAAUUAGUUCACCAUCAUUCAAUACACUCAGAUGGUCUCAUAACUCAACUUUUAUACCCAGCGCCCAAACACAAUAAGCCGACUGUGUUUGCACUUAGUCCAGAACCGGAUGAAUGGGAAAUCAAUCGAACAGAUAUAGUCAUGAGACAUAAAUUAGGUGGCGGCCAAUACGGUGAUGUUUAUGAAGCUGUUUGGAAACGUUAUAAUAUGACUGUUGCGGUAAAAACAUUAAAGGAGGACACAAUGGCCCUUAAGGAUUUUUUAGAAGAAGCUUCCAUCAUGAAAGAGAUGAAACAUCCAAAUUUAGUUCAACUUUUAGGUGUUUGUACGAGAGAACCUCCAUUUUACAUAAUCACCGAGUUUAUGAGCAAAGGUAAUCUGUUGGACUACUUGAGAUCGGAUAGCCGCGAAAACAUAAAUGCAGUUGUUCUAAUGUAUAUGGCCACACAGAUAGCCAGUGCAAUGAGUUACUUGGAAAGCAGAAUGUUUAUCCAUAGAGAUUUAGCCGCACGAAAUUGUCUUGUUGGAGAAAAUCAUCUUGUCAAAGUUGCAGAUUUCGGUUUAGCACGGUUAAUGAGGGAUGAUACUUAUACAGCACAUGCGGGUGCUAAAUUUCCAAUUAAAUGGACAGCUCCAGAAGGCUUAGCUUAUAAUAAAUUUUCAACUAAAUCAGACGUAUGGGCAUUUGGUGUCUUAUUAUGGGAAAUAGCUACUUAUGGGAUGUCACCGUACCCAGGUGUUGAUUUAACCGAUGUUUAUCAUAUGCUAGAAAAAGGAUACAGAAUGGAUUGUCCACCUGGUUGUCCGCCAAAUAUUUAUCACUUGAUGAAACAAUGUUGGCAAUGGUCUCCAAACGAGAGACCAUCGUUUAAAGAAAUUCAUCACGCUUUAGAAAAUAUGUUUCAAGAAUCAAAUAUAAUUGAGGAAGUAGAAAAACAGUUGCAAGGAAGUUUAACGCCUCAGUUGUCUCAUAAAAGGUCUCAUGGAAUCAGUUCCAAUACUUUGGGAGUAUCUUCGGAAUCAAAUGAAACAAUUUCACAAGUUGAGCGUAAUUUAUCGACAUUUGGGGCGCCGCUAGUCAAAGGUAGUCUUGUGCAGUUACGGCGGCCAACCAAUAAACGUGGCAAAACAGCCCCAGCUCCUCCCAAGCGUACUAGUUUACUAUCAUCGUGUAGUUCAUUUAGAGAUUCUCACUAUGGUGGUCCGGUGUUGGCAGAUCAAAAUGAAGCGGCUAUGUCACUUCCUCCUCAACCUUUUUCUGAGGAUAAUAUCGCCCCAAACGGAAUAAAUAAAGAUCUUCAUAAUGUAGUCGGUGGCCUGGUUGAUAGCGAUGGAGCUAGCGAAGAAAGUGCUGAGCCCACUGAAGUUGAAAAUGAAUGUUCUCACAUACCGCCGUUAAAUCGCGUUCAUCGCGGAUCCUUGACCAAAAAGACAUCCAAACAUCAAGCUGCUCAUCCGUUAUACCAAAGAGACACAGGAAAUUCAGACACUCCUAAAGUGGCUGCUUUAGAGGUACAAAAUGUUAAACGUGCUAUCAAUCGGUAUGGUACUUUACCAAAAGGAGCGCGGAUCGGAGCUUACUUAGAGUCUUUAAGGCACGGCAAUGGCGAAAACAUUGAAGUAAAUACAAAACCUCUUCCGAAUCAACGUGUCAAUGCUCCUCUGCGUCGACCAUUUCAACAGCCAGGUAACAUGACUAGAAGUAAUUCAUCGACUAACUUCCAACCUUCUUCUCCGCGGACUCUCCGUGCUCAGCCUCCGCCUCCGAAUUUAGCAGAUUUAGAGUUCCCUCCCCCGCCUCCACCUGAAGAUUUAGAUCAAGAAGAACAAUCUACGUUUAGAUUCGGGGUAAGUCUUAGGCAUAGAGAACCAUCCACUGAUUCUUGUAACAGUGCUAAAUCAGAACCCGCUAGACUGAAAACUGCUGUCCGUAAAGACAACAGACCAUUGACUGAAAAAGAAACUUCGGUAGAACCGUCCCCUAUAUUACCAAAGAAAAAUAUCGAUCUGACUCCGAGUUCGGAUGAAGACUCAAGAGAUGUAAAAAGUCUCGUACCGGAUAUAAUGAAAGAAAUGAUGGAACUGAAAUACGCUGGUGAUAAAAAAAGCAAAGACGAAAAGCCCGGGUCACCUGUUGAUUUCAAAACUAACCUCAGGAAAAUCAACAUUGAACGUAAAGAUGACCGAAUCGACAACAACAUAGCAGAAAUCAAAUCGCAGUUAAAAAAAGUGAAAAUUGAAGGAAAAAAAGAAAACGAGACUGUUGAGUGUGACAAUAAUUAUCCAGAGGAAGGCGAUGAUAAAAGACGAAGCACGGGCAGUAUUAGUAGCUUGAAAAAAUUGUGGGAAGGCGAGAGUCCUCCAGAAACAAAUAAAGAAAGGCGUAUCUGGCCACCUCACGAAGAUAAGCCUAUUGUGCCACUUAAACCGGCCAAGCCAACCAAAUCGAAUGCGAUAUAUGCUACGCCUGGUGCGCCAUCCAAUUUAGUAGAUCAGUGGCAAGCUGUAGAGAACAGUUUGAAAACUUUACGUACAGCGCCAACAGUCACUUCGGCUGGCUGGUUAGCACUCUCCGACAAGGUUGGUGGUUUUCAUUCGUCUUGUCUGAAUUAUGCCGAUUCAGCAGCACCACCAAAUCUCAGGUUUCAUCUUCGGGAACUACUCAACAAACUAGAAUCUCAGUCUAGACAAAUGCGGUCUGCCGGCGGAGGACGACAACAAACUGAUCCCUCCACCAUAUUCCAGACACUAGAUAACACUUUAAAAGAUAUUUUGAAUAUAAUUCAAAGAUAAAACUGAACAUCAACAACAACGGGUACAUUGUGUGUCACAUUCCUUUUAAGAUUUAUAUAAUACACAUAUAUUAUAUCUAUAUUUAUUACUAUAAUUUUGACUGUACAGAGAAAUCUUUUUAAAUUAUUAUUAUUAUUAUUAUUAUACAUAUAUUAUUUAUAUAUUGUGCAUAUAAGCGAGAUGUUGGUAAUAUCGAUUGGCAAUUUGUUUUUAGACUAAAAAUGUUAUGAAAAAAAGAAUUAGGAAAUUUGACAAUUCAUUAAUUACAUAAAUGAUUAUACUUGUGUGUACAAUAGAAAAUAGGGUUUAUCGAGAAGGUAUUUAGAUUUUUAAAAUGCACAUACAUUCUCUGGCUUUAAGUAUAUGUUUUAUUGACGUCCACUUUAUAGUAAAAUUAAUUUUUAAGUUAAUAAUUUUAUCUAGUAGGCGAACAAUGAUGCACAAGAUUUGUCGUCCUACAUUUAAAUCAUAAUAUAUUUUCAAAGCCAAUAUUCAACAAGAACAGCUUAUUAUAUUGUUAAAAAAAAAAAAAAUGUUCUCCAAUAAUAUCUUUCUUGAAUUCUCAAAACGGUACCAAAAUAUUGUUAUACAACGUCUACUUAAUGUCGUUUUGACAAACAUUAAUUUGUGCAAUUAUUGUGUAUGAUACGUACAUUUUAUUUUUAAUACGGUUCCAUUCUACUUAUUUACAUGUGUGUGU